AUGACUGCUAUGCACAGCAUAAACGUGAAAGUAAUCUCUAUAAAGCAAGAAGCAUUAGUAUAUUGUGAGGGCUCGGUGGCCUGGGUGAAAACAUCGUGUGACUUGAUGACCCAGGGGAUUUUAGCCUUAGUGACGUCUACUGGUUGUGCCUCAGCAAAUGCACUUCAAUCAUUGACAGAUGCCAUGCACAUCCCUCAUAUCUAUGUACAACGCAACACUGCUGGAUCACCCAGAACUGCCUGCCAACUUAAUCCUAGCCUGGAUGGAGAGGAAUACACCUUGGCUGCAAGACCACCAGUUCGCCUCAACGACGUAAUGUUAAAACUAGUAACUGAACUCCGAUGGCAGAAAUUCAUUGUGUUUUAUGACAGUGAUUAUGAUAUUCGGGGACUACAAGGAUUUCUGGACCAAGCAUCAAGAUUAGGACUUGAUGUUUCGUUGCAAAAAGUAGACAGAAACAUCAGUAAAGUUUUUGCCAGCCUUUUUACCUCUAUGAAAACAGAAGAACUGAAUCGGUACCGUGAUACCUUACGCAGAGCAAUUUUACUUCUGAGUCCAAGAGGAGCACAAAACUUCAUUAAUGAGGCAGUGGAAACAAAUCUUGCUUCCAAGGACAGCCACUGGGUCUAUGUUAAUGAGGAAAUCAAUGAUGCAGAAAUAGUAGAGCUUGUACACAGUGCCCUUGGAAGAAUAACUGUUAUACGACAAAUCUUUCCUUCUCUAAAAGACAGUAACGUCAGAUGCAUGAGUAACAGCCAUCGUGUGGCUUCACUUCCUUGUGACCCUCAAGAAGGCUACCUGCAAAUGCUACAGGUGUCCAACCUUUAUCUAUAUGAUAGUGUACUGAUGCUGGCUAAUGCCUUCCAUAGAAAACUUGAAGACAGAAAGUGGCACAGUAUGGCAAGCUUGAACUGCAUGAGAAAGUCAACCAAACCUUGGAAUGGUGGAAGGUCUAUGUUAGACACCAUAAAAAAGGGUCGUAUAACAGGAUUAACUGGAAUUAUGGAGUUCAGGGAAGAUGGCUCAAAUCCUCAUGUACAGUUUGAAAUUCUUGGAACCAGCUACAGUGAAACAUUUGGCAAAGAUGUGCGGAGGCUGGCAACUUGGGAUUCCUUACGAGGCCUUAAUGGAAGCUUGCAAGAAAAACGACUUGACAAUGACCUACAAGGAUUAACGCUGAAAGUCGUGACUAUCUUGGAGGAACCUUUUGUAAUGGUUGCAGAGAAUAUACUUGGUCAACCCAAAAAAUAUAAAGGUUUUUCAAUAGAUGUCCUGGAUGCAUUAUCUCAAAAUCUUGGUUUUAAAUAUGAAAUCUACCAAGUCCCUGAUGGAAAAUAUGGACAUUCACUUUCCAAUGGCUCCUGGAAUGGUAUGAUAGGAGAACUCAUUAAUAAGAGAGCAGACAUUGCUGUGUCAGCAAUCACAAUAACACCAGAGCGGGAAAGCGUGGUGGAUUUCAGCAAACGUUACCUGGAUUACUCAGUAGGAAUUCUCAUAAAAAAACCUGAGGAAAGAAUAAAUAUUUUUUCACUCUUUGCACCAUUUGAUUUUGCGGUCUGGGCUUGCAUUGCUGCAGUUAUACCAGUAGUUGGCGUGCUGAUAUUUGUCUUGAACCGCAUCCAAGCAGUUAGAGCUCAGAGUGCAUCACAAGCAAGUGCAUCCACUUCAUCUACACUGCAAAGUGCCAUAUGGAUUGUAUAUGGAGCCUUUGUUCAGCAAGGUGGGGAAUCUGUGGCAAAUUCAGUGGCCAUGCGGAUUGUGAUGGGAAGCUGGUGGCUCUUCACACUUAUUGUGUGCUCUUCUUAUACAGCAAAUCUGGCAGCAUUCUUAACUGUUUCAAGAAUGGACAACCCUAUAAGAACAUUUCAAGACUUGGCCAAACAAAUGGAUUUAUCUUAUGGGACAGUAAAAGAUUCAGCAGUAUAUGAAUAUUUUAAAGCAAAAGGAACUAACACUUUGGAACAAGAUAGCACAUUUGCAGAGCUGUGGAGAACGAUUAGCAAAAACAAUGGAGCUGAUAAUUGCGUAUCCAACCCUUCAGAAGGAAUUAGAAAGGCAAAGAAAGGAAACUAUGCGUUCUUAUGGGAUGUGACAGUAGUGGAGUAUGCAGCCCUCACGGAUGAUGAAUGUUCAGUGACUGUCAUCGGAAACAGCAUUAGUAGCAAAGGCUAUGGAAUAGCUCUGCAACAUGGCAGCCCAUACAGAGAUAUUUUCUCCCAGAGAAUACUUGAAUUUCAAGACACUGGUUAUUUGGACGUUUUAAAACAAAAAUGGUGGCCACGGAUGGGAAGAUGUGAUUUAAACAGUCAUAACAACGCACAAACAGAUGGCAGAGCAUUAAAACUGCACAGUUUUGCUGGAGUCUUCUGCAUCCUAGCAAUUGGAUUACUGCUCGCUUGCUUGGUAGCUGCAUUGGAAUUGUGGUGGAACAGCAACCGCUGUCGACAGGAAUCACCAAAAGAGGAUAAGGAAGUUAAUUUGGAGCAAGUACACAGACGUAUGAACAGCUUGAUUGAUGAAGAUAUGGCUCAUAAGCAGAUCUCUACUGCAUCAAUUGAAAUAUCAGCAUUGGAGAUUGGUGGUAUGCCAUCAAGUCAAUCCUUGGAUCCAAUUCGGGAAUACCAGAAUACACAACUUUCAGUCACCACCUUUUUACCUGAACAAUCUAGUCAUGGUGGUAGGACACUUACUUCAAGCAGUAACUUACCAUUGCCCCUUAGCAGUUCCGCCACCAUGCCCUCUAUACAAUGUAAACACAGAUCGCCAAAUGGAGGACUAUUUCGUCAAAGUCCUGUGAAAACACCCAUGCCAAUGUCAUUCCAGUCCAUGCCAGGGGGAUCCAUUCCAGAAGCCAUUGAGCCUUCUCAUGGAACAUCUAUAUAGUUAAAACACAAACAACCUACAAAGCUUUUUAAUACAACUAAAAACUCUUACAUUUUUCCUGUAUAUAUAUGUAAAUAACAAAAGAAUGAAGUGGGUUAAAAGUGUAUUUUGAAUAUUCCCAUUUUUGAAGUCAGUAAAACAAACAAAAAAUGUGUGAAUGGCUUUGUAAAUUUUGUUCUAUCUGAAUAAAUCAGCAACUUACUUGUGACCCUUCUCAAGUGCCAAAGAAGACCUGUGACUGGGACAGAAGGCCACCAGCCCUUCAACAAGUUUAAUUUUCAGUUGGGUUC